CCCCCCAACGAUGCCAUCCGUCCGCUCACCCCCCACCCAUCUAUCUCAUCCUGUCCCGAUCCAGCACAAAAUACACACAUAUAUGUACUCGUGCCUAUCAUAGACCAUCAUUUCCCUUCCCUCACCCCUCGUACCCACCAUACAUACACACACACAUACGUAUACCAUACAUAUAUAUAUAUACCACCCACCCAACCACCAAAAUCCAUUACAUGUUCGCCCAAACAUUUCAACCCACCACCGCCUCCGUCUAGAAGAGUCCCCAAUAUAGCGAUGCCGGAAGACGACGUUAAUGGCUUCAUAGCUCUUGUGACGUUCAUAACGGUGCUGACGAUAUUCGGCACCGUCGGGAGGUUAUGGAUAUUGAGGCGGAGGCCGAGAACGCUCGCGGUGAACAUUAGCGAUGCCGCCUUCGUGCUGUUCACCGUGCUCAUGGUGGCGACGGCCGGGAUUGCGUUCGACGUGGUUAGACAGGAGCUCCGGAUUCGACGGGACUUUGGGGAUGAGGCCAUUCCGGACAUGCUGUUCACGGAAGGGUAUUUGAAGGUGGGUCUUCCCGAGAUGUGCCACUGGUGGGGGUAGGACUGUCUAUGGGGGGAUUCGGUGAAAUUGGUGAAAUUGAGAGCUAAUUUUCGGGGGAUUGGUUGUACUUCCAGGAAUUCUUCGCUAUAACGCUAUUCUGCACGACCCAGGUUUGGCUGCUGAAGGGCGCAUUCUUGGGAUACUAUUGGAGCUUGAAGGAUAGCCUUGCGGAGAGGAUUAGGCGUUUGCUGUACGCUGUGUCGGUGUACUGCCUCGCGACAUAUAUCGGGGUUCUCUCCUUUCAACUUGGAUAUUGCAGUCCACUAUCCACGAAUUGGUAUGUUCUCCCUCGAGCACAACUAUCUCCUGUGGCUCCGAAAGUUCCCCAACCAAUAUUGAGAGAACCUACAGGUCCACCGGCUCAGAUAGAUGCCUAGCAACCCUCACUGUCCCCGGAAUGAUACUCCAGCAAUGGACAAAUAUAACCAGUGACAUAAUGGGUAACUCCCCCCCCCCCCAUUCUCCCUACUCUCACUAACCCAUCACAGUCCUAGUGGUCCCCCUCUUCACAAUAUCAUCCUUAAAUCUCAGGCGCAAGGACCUGUACGCCCUAAGCGUAGUCUUCCUCAUUGGCACCCUCUCCAUCGCGGCGUCGGUAGUGCGCUUCACGCAGGUCUACUACGUGGUAAUGCACGCCGACAACUCCAUCGAGGCGAUCCGGCGAACCCUGGUGUGGGCCGUGAUUGAGAAGUUGUUCGCCUUCACGGCCUUCUGCUUGCCCUGCCUUAGAGUGUUUUACAGGAAGCGGCAUUCCAGUAGUGGGAGUCUACCGGUGGAGAAGAGGACACUGUUCUCUACGAGCAGUCACCCGAAUUCUUGCAAGAGUGGGAAUGGAAGCGGGCAGUCUUGUUAGGUUGGAGGAGGGGAGUGUAUAAUUCAAGGUUUUUCUUUUUCUUUCCCUUUCCCCUCUUUCCAGGGAGACAAGAGGUAACACAUAGUAAUUUGGUAUUUUUCAGUGAAAAUAUCGUGUAACUUAGUUAAUUAGUUAGUUCACUGUGGGCACAGUGCUGUAGAUGGAGUCGGGCGUUUUUUUCAAAAUAAAAAAGAAUAAAAAAUAGGGACUGGAUUUUGAUCCAGCUUUUGGUUUAAGUUACACCAGAAAGUAACAUAACAUACUGUAUCCAUUCGAACAAGAUGGCUC